AAACGGAACUUAAAAAAUCCACUACGAGCUUAUUUGAAUUGGAUUUUGAUGGUAGCUUCUUCAUCUGAAAAUCCAACGCAACAUAAUAGUGUUGCUUUCAGCACAAUCUAAAAUUCUAAGCUUAUAAAACCCUUGGUAUAUGGUGCAAGCAACAAAGAAGUGGAAAGUAGAAUUUUGAAAAAAUGGCGGGCCAGCACCAAUAGCGUCAUCAAUGUCAAUGACGAGCGUAACAAAGGAGGAGUGGGAAGUUGAAUACGCUCGUUUCAUCCACUGUCCAGCUUUUCCUCCUCAGUACUCGUCUCUGGUCUCUCUCCGUAAAGGCGGCAAAUGGAUCUCAUCUUCCUCUCUCCUUUCUCUCAAACUCCGUAGCACCAAUACCUUUGGCGGUUUCAUUCUCGUCCUCUCUCUCCGUCAUCGAAUCCUUGAAGAGCAUUACAUUUCACGGUUGAUGUUCUCGUGGCCUCAGGUCUCAUGUGUAUCCGGUUUUCCAGCAAGGGGAAGUAGAGCUGUCCUCGUUAGCUAUAGGGAUUCUGUUGGCCAGAUUCAGAAAUUCGUCCUGCGGUUUUUGACAAUCUACGAGAUAGAAAAUUUCAUGAAUGUUUUAAAGGAAAAGUUGGACAAUGCAAGCCCUCAAGCUCUUCGAUGUGAUGACUUUGAUUCAGUAUUAUCUUCUCAACCUGAGUUUAUUCCUUUGGAUGGAGCUUCACACUGGGACAACGUAGGAUGGGGAUGUGUAGCUUCAGGUGACUCUACUCCUCAUCAUAUCCCACUGACCUUGGCACCUGAAUUUUCUCAAGAUUCGCAUACAGAGGAAAUUAAACUAAGUCGCGAAGCUGAGGAUAUUCUUUCAGCUUUUCCUCCCAGUUUCACGUCCUUCUUGAGGAACUGCUGCCCUGAAGUUGAUCAAGCUGCUGCACAGUCAAGUAUGACGAAGGAGUUUGACCUUAAAGACCAAAUUGCGAAAUAUCUAGAAGACUCUUCAUUCCUAGAUAUGCUGGUCAAAGUUGAUAAAAUCUUCCGUGAAUUGGGAGAUAAUACAGUACUGUAGCUGCACCAAGAGGUUGACAUGUACACAAAUCAUAGCUUGGUUUCCUUUUACUUCUUCAAACUUGGGAGUUCCUCUCAUUUUCUUUCGCAAUAUGCUCAUGAACUACAUCAAAACAAAGCAAGCAGUUGUAAUUUGUACAGGACGCUUUUUCCCUGCAUUGUCGGUUUGAAGCAAUUCGAUUAGCUAUCUCAAGUAGAAUGGAAAAGUACAAAAUUGUGAUUUCAUUUCAGACAAAAAUUUGCUUUGUACAUAAUGUUUAAUUUGUUGCAGAUGAGCAACCUACACCUCU